UGUCUCUAAGGGAAUGCCAGAGGUUUUGAAUGGCAAAAUAAUGAUUAUUUCAUCAGGACAGUUGGAUGCCAUUACAAGGGCACGCCCUAUUCUCUCUGCUAUGAGUGAGAAACUUUAUGUUUUUGAGGGGGCACUUGGUGCUGGAAGCAAAAUUAAAAUGGUAAUAGAGCUGCUUGAGGGCAUUCAUUUUGUUUCUUCUGUGGAGGCCAUUUCUCUUGGUGCCCAAGCUGGUAUUCAUCCAUAGAUAAUUUAUGACAUUAUUUCUAAUGCUGCUGGAA